AUGAUGCCUUCCAAGGCAGCAAAUGAUGCCCUGAAUGCCACUCUGGCGGCCAUGCAACCGCUCAUCAAGCAUUGCAUGAUGUUGAAGGAGGGCGAUCCAGAUACUUUGACAUUAUCUGAUGACAUUGCCAGAUAUGUGCAGUUCUCCAAGGGCGGUGCCUUUCAGUGCAUCCCUGACUGGACCUCUGUGUCUGACAAUGACCUGAGGAUCAAGAACCACCCCCGAUUCGACAAGACCAUGGGCUACCGUGGUCCCACUGUGGUUGAGGCUUCCACCUGCUUUGAACCCCCGCAUGCCCCUGUGUCUGUGCUCCUAUCCACAAACGACGCAUUGACGCCGCCGUCCACAGUCCCAGCUAUCUUGCCAACUGCAUUCCUCACUGAUCCAGAUCUGAUCACCUCACCGGAAACUCAACCUAGGCCAGUAUCUCCUCCACCAAAAUCUGUGGAGCUGCAAACAUCUACCCACAUUUCAGCACCUCCUGCUGCUCCCGUGAAACAUAAUCUCUUUGUGGCUGGCACAAAGAAAAAACCCGCAAAGGUCAUGCUGCAGGUCAGCAACAGUAAGAAGAGAAAAGCGGCAGAUGAUGAUGCGGACAAGGCAGUUAUGACUGAUGCACCCAAGUUGCCUGCCCAGUUCCCAAAACACAGGCAAAAAAGGAAGAAGAAGUUCCUAUCGGAUGAAGACCAAGACCAAGCUACCACCGGAACGGUAUAUGCAAUCUCAAAGGUAUCACUGCCUGUCACCGCUGAGAACAAUUCCAACCCUGCAGUUCCGGACUCUUCAGAUGCAGCUGAUGACAGAGGUUUCCAGGAUGCAGACACUAGGCCUGCCCUAUGGGGCCAGGAUUCCUAUAUUGCUACCCAGUUGCAGGCAAGUCAUCCAGCAAAACACUGCCGUGAAAUGCUCACAAAUUUACAGCACUCCGUUCAUUACUACCCCCGGAAGUGCAACAAGUGCAGGAAACUAGACGUACCCUGCAUUGUCCUUCUGGACAAGAAGUUACAUGCAUGUGCAAUUGACGGUGUUGGUGUGAGGGAGAGGUUGCAAGCGAAGACCAGAUCCAAUCUUCCUAAGCACUCUGGAACAUGUACUCCGAAGUCCCAUGCCAAGACUCUGGCUGGCUGCUCUGCUCGGAAGGCAAAUGUCCUGCCCCCAAGUUCCCACAGCGCUGAACAUGAAGAUAAAGGGGGACAGCAACAGGUGAAGGACAUCGGGCUGGGCAAGGCUCCCAUGGAGCCGCUCCCUACAAUCGAGCCUGUCCCACGACCGGAACAGAAUGACCAGCCUGUGCCAGCCAACCACAUUGAUGCCGAGCCAACAGCAAGACAAAUCUUCCAGAGUAUCCAGGACCUUAGCAAAAGAUUAGAUCUGUUUGCCAGCAAUGAGCGGGUGGAGGCAUUGGAGGUAAGAGUUGCUUCCGUGGAGAACAACCUCACCCAGCGGUUGAACACAUUUGAGCAACGGCUGAACAUCUCAGAUGCAUGGCAGAGAGUGAUGUCUGCAUCUUGA